UCGGUAGAGCAACUGUCGCAGGGCUUCGCACUUAAGUGCCGUUGGUGGCUUCCUUUUGGUGUAACUUUUUUCUUCUUCUUCUUUUUAAGCUUCCUUAAAGGCAGUGAGUUCUGUGUUCCGGCUGUCUGUACUGAGUUGGGGCAGGCAAGUACUUUUGAGUGUCUAGUACUGGGGUGAAAAUGAUAGCUUGAGGGCUGGGAGAAAUAAAAAGCUCAUUGGUGCCCCAACACCUAGGCAGACUGGUUCUCCUCUGCCUCUCCAUACCCCUUUUUUCGCUUUCCCGCCACACGCGGCUCCAACAUUCUGCAAACUCAGUAGGUUCUCAAAAUGUCAACUAUCAAGGAGAAGCUUAUUGAGAGUCUAAUUGAGGAAGAUGAAGCCUCGCAGAGUAAGAUCACCAUUGUUGGCACUGGUGCUGUAGGCAUGGCUUGUGCUAUUUGUAUCUUAUUGAAGGAUUUGGCCGAUGAACUCGCCCUCAUUGAUGUCUCAGUGGACAAAUUGAAGGGAGAAAUGAUGGAUCUUCAGCAUGGCAGUCUUUUCUUUAAUACUUCAAAGAUUACCUCUGGAAAAGAUUACAUAGUAUCUGCAAACUCCAAAUUAGUUAUUGUGACAGCAGGUGCACGGCAACAGGAGGGAGAAAGUCGCCUUGCCCUGGUGCAACGGAAUGUGAACAUCAUGAAAUCAAUCAUUCCUACCAUAGUCCAGCAUAGUCCUGACUGUAAGAUGCUUAUUAUUUCAAAUCCAGUGGAUAUUUUGACAUAUGUGGUCUGGAAGCUAAGUGGCUUACCUGCAACUCGUAUAAUUGGAAGUGGUUGUAAUCUAGACUCUGCCCGUUUCCGUUACCUAAUUGGAGAGAAGUUGGGUGUCCAUCCCACAAGCUGCCAUGGUUGGAUUAUUGGAGAACAUGGUGAUUCUAGUGUGCCUUUAUGGAGUGGGGUGAAUGUUGCUGGUGUUGCUCUGAAGACUCUAGACCCUAAAUUAGGAACUGAUUCAGACAAAGAGCAGUGGAAAAAUAUCCAUAAACAAGUUGUUGAAAGUGCCUAUGAGAUUAUCAAACUUAAAGGGUAUACCUCUUGGGCUAUUGGACUGUCUGUGACAGAUCUGGCAGGAUCAAUUUUGAAAAAUCUUAGGAGAGUGCAUCCAGUUUCGACUAUGGUUAAGGGCUUAUAUGGAAUAAAUGAAGAAAUCUUUCUCAGUAUCCCUUGUAUCUUGGGGCAAAAUGGUGUCUCAGAUGUUGUGAAAGUUAACUUGAAUUCAGAGGAGGAGGCCCUUUUUAAGAAGAGUGCAGACACAAUCUGGAAUAUCCAAAAAGACCUGGUAUUUUAAAGCCUCUUAAUGUUUCACCGUUCCAUAGAACAGAAGAUGUCAGACUGUGUAUUUUACAUUUUGAAAGUAUUUUAUUUUUUUGUUUUUUUUUGGAAAGUAUUUUAAUCUGAUCUGUAAAAAAUAAAAAAACACUGGAGACCCAUGAUGUAAGUUCAGUCCCGCAAGGUUUGGAAAAGGAAAUGGUAGAUUUCUCUCUCUGAGUCUCUUAUAGCUCAGUUCUAAUGAUACCCAACCUAUACAGAUGCAAGUUUUACUUCUGAGGUAUGUCAUAUAUGAGUUGCCUUCAGAUUUAGUAGAAUAUGUAUAACAACCCAGUAUAAUAUAAAAUGAUUUUUCCCACAAAACAACCAGCACUUUUUUCUUGUGUCAAAAUUUAAUUCUUUAUUUUUCUUUAUUUCUUUAUUUAAAUUUCUUUAUUUACUUUACUGCUUCAUUGGCUUCAUAUGUAUGAUCUUUACUAAGUAAGCACUUAAUCCUUAAGACCAUGUGUAUCAGAAGGAAACAAAUAAAAUUUUAUGGUAUAAAAAAUUAAACAAAAUGUCUUUGAACCUUGUAAUAUUAUUCCAAUUCAUAUAAACCCAAGUAGGGGCACCUGGGUGGCUCAGUG